AAACGCAUACAUCCAUCCGACUUUUGACUAGAUCUAUAUUUUUCUGGGUGUGUCUUGAUUUUCCCUUUCGACCCUUGCGGGGACCCAGUGUGUAUGGGCCAUCGUCGAGGGAGCUCUGACGAGGAAAAAACACUUUACAAUGGAAUGGACGAUUAAUUGAUAAUCAUCGUUCAUCCGUGAAGGAUCAUUGCUUGGGGAUCGAGGAUUUUUUUUUCUCUACAAGGUGUAGAUAUUUCAAAAAAGAAAGGCAAAAAUGGUAAGCCCAAAGGAGCUGGAAUCGGCGCCGGAGAAAAAGGCCAAAUAUGCCUUCCACCUGCCCAAGCCGCUUAGUCUGGCCGAAAAGUCGUACCUCCUGUCGGUCGAGAGAGGGGACUUGUCCAACGUCAGGAGAAUCCUCCUUGCCGCCAACAAGGGCACGAACAAGAGCAUAGACGUAAAUUGCGUGGACAGUUUGGGCCGGGGUGCCCUGACAUUGGCCAUAGAGGCGGAAAAUUUGGAAAUGCUGGAGCUGCUCGUCGUGAUGGGCGUCGAGACGCGGGACGCCCUGUUGCACGCGAUCAACCAGGAGUUUGUCGAGGCCGUCGAGCUGCUGCUCGAGCACGAGGAACUCUUGUGCAGCAACGACAACGAAGUGACGGCAACCGGCAAGUUCGAUGACAAGGAGAUCGUGCACAGCUGGCAGACGGUGGAUCCGGUGCUGGCGAGAUAUCCACCCGACAUGACGCCCCUCAUGCUGGCCGCCCGGAAAAACAACUACGAGAUCCUAAAGCUGCUGCUCGACCGAGGCGCCACUCUGCCCAUGCCCCACGACAUCAAGUGCGAGUGCGAAGAUUGCCUGCGCGCCUCAGAUGGUGAUCCUCUGAGGCUGUCGAGCACUCGGAUAGCCGAGUACCAGGCGCUCGCCAGCCCGAGUCUGAUAGCACUCAGCUCACCGGAUCCCCUGAUGACCGCCUUUCAGCUGAGCUGGGAGCUGCGGGAGCUGGCCACCUCCGAGCCCGAAAGUUGCACCGAGUACCUGAGGCUCCAGAAACAGGUGGAAAAAUUCGCGGUGGAUCUCCUGCAACAGACGCGCAGCUCAUCCGAGCUCAACACAGUCCUGAACUUCGACCCGGACGACCACUCGGCCGAGCCGAGCAAACAGCUGGCGCGACUCGAGGAGGCCAUUCGCUACAGGCAGAAAAAGUUCGUGGCUCACUCGCACGUUCAACAACUUUUGGCGUCCAUAUGGUACGAGGGUGUCCCGGGUUUUCGAAAAAUGAGCAACACCAGGCGAGCUUGCAUCCUGAUCAAGACGGCUCUGCUGUUCCCUUUGUACUGCACCAUCUACUUCUUGUUCCCCGGCACGAGGCUCGGCCAGACGAUGAGGCGCCCGUUCAUGAAGUUCCUCGUUCACGCCUCCUCUUAUCUGUUCUUCUUGCUCGUUCUGAUCCUGGUGUCGCAGCGCUUUGACGAAGAAUUGGUCGUGUGGUUCGGCGACGACCCCGGCCCUGGGCAGAAGUUGGAUCAGAGUGGCGUGGCCAGACAACGUGGCCUCGGUCCGUCCUUCCUCGAGGGUAUCGUCGCGGUCUACGUGCUGGGCUUUAUAAUCGAGGAGAUGCGCGAAGUGUAUACCGACGGGUUGCGCGCGUAUCUUCGCGACCUUUGGAAUUUCAUCGAUUUUACGCGCAAUACCCUGUACGUGUCCGUGGCUCUGUUGCGCGUCUACGCUUACGUCGAGCAGGCGAGGGAGAUCGGCCAGGACGAGUCGGCGGCGAUGGUGCCGCGCGAGAAUUGGCCCGACUUUGAUCCCCAGCUUAUUUCCGAGGGCCUCUUUGCCGCGGCCAACGUCGCCAGUGCCCUCAAGCUCGUCCACCUGUUCAGCAUCAAUCCGCACCUUGGACCUCUCCAGAUUUCUCUUGGGCGGAUGGUUAUAGACAUAGUCAAAUUUUUCUUCAUCUAUACCCUCGUGCUGUUCGCGUUUGCCUGUGGAUUGAACCAAUUGCUCUGGUAUUUUGCCGAAUUGGAGAGGAAAAAGUGUUAUAGCGAUGUGAACGAUCCCUCAUGGGACGCGGCGAGUGACGCUUGCAUACGAUGGAGGAGAUUCAGCAAUUUGUUCGAAUCCUGCCAGAGCCUGUUUUGGGCGAGUUUCGGCGGCGUCGGGAUCGACAGUUUUGAACUGACCGGAAUCAAGAGCUACACCCGAUUUUGGGGCCUAUUGAUGUUUGGCUCGUACUCCGUGAUCAACAUAAUCGUCCUCCUGAACCUCUUGAUCGCAAUGAUGAGCAACAGUUACACCAUCAUCGAGGAACACUCGGACACCGAGUGGAAAUUUGCCCGUACGAAGCUGUGGAUGAGCUACUUCGAGGCUGGUGGUACCUUGCCACCGCCGUUCAAUGUUCUGCCACACCCGAAGAUGCUCCUGCGGGUAUGCGGUAUCCAGCACAAGAGCGAGUUCAAGCGCAAUAGUAUCCGGAGGCGCGCCCGCGAGCACAAAUAUAAUGAAGUGAUGAACGCCCUGAAAUGGAGGUACGUGGUGAGCGCCCACGCGGAACAAGAUAACGAGCCGGUGACCGAAGACGACAUUCACGAGGUCAAAUCCGACGUGUCGGCCUGGAGAUGCGAAUUGCUCGAAAUUUUGAAGAAAAACGGGAUGGACACCGGCAGUGCGGACACCUCGGCUAGUUCAAUGGUACUGGGCAGAAAGUCGAAAUGUUGGGAAAGAAGGCUGUUGAAGGAUUUUCAAAUUCCCCUCGAGGAAAUCAGUCUCGAGCAGUCCCCGGAAAACGAGGACAUGGCAGCCAAGUGGAAGCGAGUAGCUCGACUCGCCGUCCUCAAGUCUGCCGAGCAUCGCUGGUCGCAGGUGAUAGACGGUACGGUGAAAAAGUCACAAAUAGGUCGCAGCAACGAUCGCAUAUCGUUGAAACAGCAGGCGAACCUGAAGCGCGUGAUGGAGGAAGCCAGGCGCCUGUCUCUGAAGAGCCCGCCUCCGCUGUCGCCGAUUCGAUUACCCGAUCCCGUCAAAUCCUCGGGUAUACUGCGGGUACUGAAAGACGACGGGUUUGACGAGUUCAGAGACGCCCCGACGCCUCGCUGCGUCACUCCGGACGCCCACCACUCGAAGAUGAACGACCCAGUGGCGGUGAACUAUGAGAACGAGAGCUCGUUGGUCCAGCCGCGGCCCCUGUUGUCGAUCCAAAAGUCGUCUCCGCGCGUCAAGCGUAAGGCUCCAGCGCCUGGCAGUGCAGUUCCACGUCCUUGCCAUCCAAGCAACAUCAGUAGCGGUAACAUACUGUCGGUGAAUAAUCUGAGCGUCGGGGCGAGCUUUGGUCACGGAGAUGCUGGUGGUAUCGUCAGGCCGCGGCCAAAGAGCCCGAGCUUCGUGACUCCCGAGAUGAAGCCCAAGAGGUCGCCGAAGGUGUCCGCGGCAAGGUCACCGAGGAAAGCUGGUGGAUGGCUCUAGACAAACUGUCCGUUCGGCCUCAAGCUUUGUUAUACCUACAUGGAGAUUAUCGACUGAAGGUGUGUGCCAUAUUUGUUCGUGUGAAGAUGAUGAUGAGUUAUAUUGAUUUUCCGUUGGAAAGUGGAAGCGGAACUUGGCAGAGAAGAUGUUCGAUACAAUGUUUUGCCCUGUGAUUGAUGUUGUUAUUUAAAAUUCCAACGGCUAUUUACUGAUUAUUGAUUAUUAAAAUACGCUGGAUAAUAUUAUUUGUUUGUAACUUAUCUUUACAAAGAAGGUUGCGGUAAAAACUUGUGGUGAGCAAGGUAGUGCUAAUAAAAUUCGGCAUAGAAUGGGUUAGGAUAGCAGCUUUCACAUACAUUAUUUAUUUAAUCAUAAAAAAUGAUGAUAAGGGACAAAGGUUCUACAGUCUCACAAUAAAUGGAGCAAAAAUUUCAUGAUUAUGUAAAUUUUUAUUCAUAAAAAUUUUUUAAAUAAAACAUAGU